CCAACCAGCCCCAGGCACAUUUGUUUCUUCUUCCUCAUCCAAUCACAAAAACAAAUCGAAAAUAUUCAUCCAAUCACAGAAACAAACCAAAAAUACUUAACUAUAUUAUUCCUCAUCCAAUCAAAGAAACAAACCGAAAAUACUUAUCGUAUUUUUUCUCAUUUUCUUUCCCUCUAAACCAAAAAUCCCCUCAGCUUCCGUUUGGAGACGAACCCAGGAGCUAGGUUCGUGCCGCGGUGAACCACGUGCUUGGGUUCCAACACGAACUCAACGCUUGGGCUCUGAGACGAACCUAAGAGCUUGGUUCGUCUCGAACCAGGCGCGGGUUCAUCGCAAACCCCUCCCCUGGGUUCCGAGACGAACCCAGGCGAACCCAGCUCCUGAGUUCCACGACGAACCUCGCGCCUGGGUUUGCGCAAACCCGAAGAUUUCCCCUUGGCGAAAUCCAGUGCUAGCUGGUUCGGAUUGAGAGUCUUGGAAUUGAAUUUUGAAGUUCAGUUUGAUUUUUGGUCGGACGGAAUGUCGACAUUGGGUAAUCGUCGUUCGUCGUUCUCGUCGUCGACAACUUCGUCUCUGGCUAAGCGACACGCCUCUUCGUCGGAGAAUACUGGGAUGGCCGCGGCUUCCAUGGCCAAGAAGCGAGCGCCUCUCGCCAACAUCACCAACCAAAAGAAUGGAUCGAGAAGCUGCUCGGUUGCGUCCUCUGCUUUGGUAACAUAUUCUUCAAACAAAGUAACCAAGGCAAAGAAGGCACAACCUCCCAGUGUUAGCAAAACAGGUUUUUCAGGAAAUGUUUUGCCCGCAUCUGUAAAUGUAAAACCCAGUUCAGUUUUUCCUCCCAAGAUCACACCUUUGUUAAGAGAUGAUGAAAUCACUACUAGCAGUAUUGCUAGCAUUCCUGUCCCCCGCAGCAUGGAUGUUUCUCCAACUAAGUCGGAUGGACUAUCAGUUUCUUUGGAUGAGUCAAUGUCCACUUCUGAUUCUUUCAAAAGCCCUGAAGUUGAGUAUCUCGACAGCAGUGAUGUUCCAGCAAUUGAUUCCAUUGAAAGAAAGACAUUCAGCAGUCUCUACAUUUCAGACCUUGCCGAAACAACUGGAAAUAUCUGCAAUAGAGAUGCACUUGCAGAGAUGGAAGUGGAUGAUGAAGUUGUUAAUCUUGACGAUAAUUACAUUGAUCCACAGUUCUGUGCAACAUUUGCUUGUGAUAUUUACAAGCACCUGCGAGCAUCAGAGGUGAAAAAGAGGCCGUCCACAGACUUCAUGGAGACAAUUCAGAAAGAUAUAAAUACUAACAUGCGAGCAAUACUGAUCGAUUGGCUUGUAGAGGUGGCUGAAGAAUAUAGGCUUGUACCAGAUACUCUAUAUCUGACUGUGAAUUACAUAGAUAGGUAUCUUUCUGGGAAUGUUAUGAACAGGCAACGGCUACAGUUGCUUGGAGUUGCCUGCAUGAUGAUUGCUGCAAAAUAUGAGGAGAUUUGUGCACCACAGGUGGAGGAGUUUUGCUACAUAACUGACAACACAUAUUUCAAGGAUGAGGUUCUAGAAAUGGAAUCAGCUGUUUUGAAUUACUUGAAGUUUGAAAUGACAGCUCCAACAGCAAAAUGCUUCUUAAGACGAUUUGUUCGUGCUGCUGCUCAGGAGAUCAAUGAGGUUCCAUUAAUGCAGUUGGAGUGCUUGGCCAACUACAUUGCUGAACUGUCUCUCCUUGAGUACAGUAUGCUUUGCUAUGCUCCAUCACUUAUUGCAGCUUCUGCAAUUUUCUUGGCCAAAUUUAUACUUCUUCCUUCAAGGAGACCAUGGAAUUCAACAUUACACCAUUACACGCUUUACAAGCCCUCUGAUUUGAUAGACUGUGUCAAAGAUCUUCACCACUUUUGCUGUAACAACCAUAAUUCUACUUUACCUGCAGUCAGAGAGAAAUACAGUCAGCAUAAGUACAAAUGUGUUGCGAAGAAAUAUUGCCCUCCUUCAAUACCUAUGGAGUUCUUCCACAACCAAAUCCACUAGACAUCUGUGGCCGUUGUUGCUCCAUUGUUCUUGUUGGAGCAACUUGAAGAGUUGUCUGUGUCAAUGGCUGCUUUUCCGGCACCAAGCUGAGGAAAUUCACACUGUGUUGCUUCUUAUGAAAGCAGAUAAUUACACUCUGUCUGUGUACCACUAUCUUGCUGAUGGGAAUUGGAAAGGUCCAUGUUUAUGGAAUCAUGAUCUUGAAUGAUAUCAAUCCACUUCAUUUCCAUAUGAACCAUAUAAUUUCCGUGUUCUAAAAUGUUAAUCAUGUUUGGAAAUUGGGAUCAAAUCAAAAUAAAAAUCAUUUAAGUUU